AGGGGGGGGGUCGCUAUGUUUCCUGUCAUAGUGUUUCUAUAAGCGCGUCUUGUUGUGUCCCCGCAGCCCCGUGCCUGCCGUAUACAUUCGGGAGGGCACUUAGCAGCCCUCUCUGGAGCGGAGGCACAGGGGCAGUGGGUGGAGGGCACUCCCGGGUAAUGGCAUGGCCCUGAGCGCCGGUUGUUGUAGUAUUGCCAUGGGAGCCCGGGCAGGAGAAGCCAAGGUGAGUGCCUUCCGUCACAGAAAAGAAGCCAUGGUGCACAGUGCAGUAGAUUCCAGGACUCAUGUUCCCUCUGAUGUAGACAUGUCACUGGAUCUCUCCAUUACUGGGCAACGCACGUCAUUGCCACCAAGAAAAAGCAGAAGUGCUUACAGAUUUAAAGCUUCUAACUCUUUUGUGGAUGAGGCCCUUUUUGGCAGCUCUGGGGGUAAAGUAGACCCCGCUCUUCACUGGACCAUAGGAACACCUGGCCAAGAAUCACAUUUAAACUGUCCAGAAGAGAAGACGUUUACAGCAAGCAGUGCCACAGCUAGGACUGCUUGCUCCCCAGUAGGGACUCCACGAAAGAAAACACAGUAUAGGGUGAAAAGUCGCUCUCCUUCUUAUUGUGAUGAGUCUCUUUUUGGACCGAAAAUAGAAGACUGUAGUUGGGAAGCGCCAUGGGUAAAAAAAGAUUGCAUCCGGAUUCGUCCCCUUCUUUGGAGCCCGCCGCCAGUAAUGCGGCCCCAGAGCUCCAAGUCAAACACCAACCAGAUUCCUGUUCGAGCGAUUCACCCUCCUGAUGACAAAAACACCGCUCUUGGAACACAUAAAGGAACCAGGAAUUUUUGGAAGCCCCCAGAAAGUGACUCUGAUUCUGGUGGAUGUUCUUCUGUGGGUGAUCCACCGGCUAGUGCCAAAGCUCGCUGGAGCUCACCUAGAAAGGACACUCCUCGAUCAGCAAGCUGCUCAGGAAGACUGACUGCGAGGAGAGGUUUUUUAACAGAGAGACCACCAUGGAAAUAAUCUGUGCCUUUUAAAAGGGUUGUCCUAUUAGGGCAUAUGGAUGUCCUACAGCAGGCAUCCUCAAACUGCUGCCCUCCAGCUGUUGCAAAACUACAACUCCCAGCAUGCCCAAACAGCCUACAGGUAUCAGCUGGAGGGCUGCAGUUUGAGGAUGCCUGUCCUACAGGGUUCCUUCACUCUGGGCUUCUAUCUAUGAACCAGAUUGGAGAGCAUCUCUGUAUGAGUGCCUCCUGUUAUGGUGAACUCAAGUCACCCUUGUAUUACACCUCCUAGGCAGUCAUAUAAUACUAGAUUUCUUAUGCAGGAGAUAGGCCUGGCUGUGGAUUACUCCAGAAAAAUCGUCUGUUUUCAAGAGGUGCAGGGAGCGGUGAUCAGCUCAUCACCCUCGGGGCUGUAUUUGGAAUGGGACUGUCUCUGAUGAGCCAACCCCUUUAAUUCACAAAUGCAAUUUGGUUGGAUUAUAUAGUGCAUAUUGUAUGAGGGCUGUUUUUAUAAAAGUUGGUGACACUUAGAAGAACAAUUCAUGUUGUU